AUGUCGCUUGAUAUCGCAGCGCACCAGCUACUGGAAAUCACCCAGCACAUAUAUUUCUGCUCUCUGACUCCAGAUGCAGAGCUUGUCGCGUGUGCUCUUGGUAACGGCGUGGUGUGUACUCUCAACGCCAUCACGUUCGACGUCACGGCGCGUGGGGCCCCGGGGAAGGACUUUGUGGACGUCCCCGCUACCUGCGUUCGAUGGGCCCCUGCGGAGUGCGACUGCGAUUGGCAACUGGUGAGCAGCAGCACUGCUGGGGGUGUCAUGCUGUGGUACUGGGAUUGUAGCGAGUUUUCGCUUCGGCGUGGAACAGCAGCAUUCGAGGAAAACAAUGAAGUGAUGAUGCUCGAUGUUUCGCCGAGUGGAAAGCGAGUGCUGACUGCGGGCAGCGAUCGGAUCGUGCGCCUAUACGACUCAACGCUAACCCUUCUCUCACAGUUGACAGAGGGAGUGAACUCUGAUAACACGUCGCGCCCAACGCACAUAAACCGUAUCUUCUCUGCCCGCUUCAUAACGGAGGUGGCGGCGGUCAGUGCGGGCUGGGAAAGUCCAAUUCAGAUAUGGGACCUGCGUGCGUGCCGAUCCAACAGGCAGGUGGUCGGGGUGCAGGGCGUGUCGGAUUGCUUAGAACCUGUCUCAGGCACGCACAUGGUUCUGGUCGCAUCCCCAAAGUCUCUAGACACGAUUCACAUUGUGGACAGCGCUACCGGCCGAGUGCUGGACCAGAACUCGCAGGCUGUGUGCUCGCAAUUGAACCCGACGGAGCGCGUGACAGUAUGCCGUUACCAGGCCGAAACCGGUCAUGUAUGGUGUCUCACGACUUCGCCGCCCUCCGUUAUCGCUAUCGCCUUUCCCUCCGGUGCAAUAGUGGCACGUGCAGCGCUCGCGCAUACCCCACUCAACAUGACCAUGAAUGCUUCCAGGGUGAUAGUGGGGUGCAAGCAUGGAGUUGUGCUUCAGGUGUCGCUUAGUAUGUAA